CACACAAGGCCCAAACUACUCCACACUCCAUAGCUAAGCAAAACAUAACAAAACAAAAUAAAUUGCCAUUUGCUUCAAUAACAAUGGUCGUCGAUACAUCAAUUUUACGGCGCACGAUACGUCCCCAUCUCGUAACUUUCCUCGCUGGCUCACGUUAGCAUCUCCACACGCUGCAUUAUCAUUGGCAGUUGUUCGGUUCCAUAAAGGCGUAACGCUCCGGAUUCGAGGGAGGAGGUGUCGCCACUCGCCACUCGCCACUCGCCACCGCCCUUGCGUUUGCUUCUCUUGUCGAUUCCUCCUCGGAAUUCUACAGAUCAGGUCUCUGCUGGGCGGAUAUGGGUGAAGAAGAAGACUCCGUGACGGUGGAUCAGAACAGUUGCAAAGUGCUUACAUUGCCCACCUUGUUAACCCUUGGCCGUGUAGCUGCCGUUCCGAUCCUCGUCGCGACGUUUUACGUUGAUUGUUGGUGGGGGAGAACUGCCACAACAAGUCUUUUCAUUGCAGCCGCCAUUACAGAUUGGCUUGACGGAUAUAUUGCACGGAAGAUGAGAUUAGGUUCUGCUUUUGGUGCUUUUUUGGAUCCAGUGGCUGAUAAGCUUAUGGUAGCAGCAACAUUGAUAUUGCUGUGUACUAAACCUAUGGACGCUCUUGUCUUAGGACCAGUUCCAUGGUUAGUGACAGUACCUUCCAUUGCCAUUAUUGGUAGAGAGAUUACUAUGUCAGCAGUAAGAGAAUGGGCUGCGUCUCAAAAUGGCAAGCUUUCCAAGGCUGUUGCUGUAAAUAGCUUGGGAAAGUGGAAAACUGCAACGCAGAUGAUAGCGCUAACCAUACUGCUUGCAAGCCGAGAUAGCAGUUUUGAGAGGCUAUUACCUUCGGGUAUUGGGUUGCUCUAUGUAUCUGCAGGGCUCUCUAUAUGGUCUUUAGUUGUUUAUAUGAGACAGAUUAUGAGAGUACUGCUAAAGAAGUAGCAAAAUUUUCUUUCUUUGGCUUUUGCUUUCAGUAUAUACACAUAUAAUGGAAGACUUGCCAGCCUCAUUUUUUUUA